UCAAAUUUUUGUUUUCUUAUUCACCCACCAUUUUCUUUCUAACCCCCUCUCUCUCUCUCUCUCUGUAAUUCUCUUCACUGUUACUCUCACACACUUCUCUUCUCUCUCUGUCUCUACAGUAAAUAUCAUUUUCCACCCUUUUCAAAAAUAUCUCUCUUUCUCUCUCUCUCUGCUUAAACCUCAAUUCUCUUAUUCUCAUUCCUCACUCUUCAAAUUUCAAACCCCACUUCUCAAAAUUCCCAAAGUUUCAAUCUUUUCUACUGAUGUUUACUUUUCAAGCUAGUUUAGUUUGAAAUUGGUGGUGGGGUUUUCGGUUUUCUCAAUUUGUCGAAAUAAAAACUGUUUUUUUUAUUUUGUUUUUUUAUCUGGGGUUGCAGAUUCAAGAAGGGGUGUGAGAUUCGAUUUGUUUAUACAUGGUGGUGUCUUAGAGAUUUAUUCAACCAAUAUUGGAUUCAGAGGAAGUUAGUGUUUACUCGAAAUUCCCAAAAGACAUGCAGUCAACCUUCUUUCUGCUGAAAUGAAGAACUUGCAGAGCACAGAAGAAUUACAGUCAUCAGCUCAAGCUUCGCACGAGCCCAAGAGCGAACCACCUAACAAUCACACAACCGAUGCUCCCGUUGCAGACUCAGGGUCCGCAUCUGCUUCAAGCAAUGAUAGCAAAAAAGUUUCGCGGCAGGAUAUUGAGCUUGUCCAGAAUUUGAUAGAACGUUGCCUGCAAUUAUAUAUGAAUAAAGAUGAAGUCGUUAAAACACUGCUGACUCGGGCAAAGAUAGAUCCCGGAUUUACAACUCUUGUGUGGCAGAAGUUGGAAGAAGAGAAUGCUGAUUUCUUCAGAGCCUAUUAUGUUAGACUAAAAUUGAAAAAGCAGAUACUUUUAUUCAAUCACUUGCUUGAACAUCAAUGUCAUCUAAUGAAGUAUCCCAUGCCUCCAAAGGUUCCAUUGGCUCCAAUACAAAAUGGAAUCCAUCCUAUGCCUGUCAACAAUCUACCUAUGGGAUAUCCUGUGCUACAACAGCAUCCUAUGCCAGCAGCAGGUCAACCUCAUAUAGACUCCAUGGGUAUAUCAAGUUGUCACGUCGUUAAUGGAGUCCCUGCACCGAGCAAUUUUCAUCCUAUUCGUAUGAAUUCUGGGAACGAUAUGGUGAUGGACCAUAGUGUGCCUGAUAUGGCUCCCAUGAUUCAACAAAACGGCACAAUGUCAUCCGUCUCAGAAAUGCCAGUGAGUCCAACAUCAGUAGCAUCGAGUGGUCAUUUCCCCUUCACCGCAUCCGAAAUAUCAGGAAUGGGCACAGACGCAUCCGUUCUCGAUUCAGCAUUUACAUCCGACGUGGCAAGUUCAGUAGGACUACAGCUGGCACAAGAUGGCGGAAACGGAAUUUCUCGAUCUCUGGAUCAAAUUCAAUGGAAUUUUAGCCUAUCAGAUUUAACCGCAGAUUUACCAAACUUGGGAGGUAAUUUCAUAUCAAGAUCUUCUUUAAGAUAUAUCGUAAAGUUUGCCAGAUAUUUACAACUGCGUUUGCAAAUUGCAGAUCUAGGAGCUUUGGGAAACUAUCCGGGUUCGCCGUUUUUGCCAUCUGAUUCAGACAUGUUGCUUGAAUCUCCCGAUCAACAGGAUAUAGUGGAUGACUUCUUUGUUAAUUCUGAUCCUCCAUGCUCUCAAUCAGAUGAGGAGAAAUCUUAAUCUUUAAGGGAAAGGAAGGGAAGUUGUUUGAUCCACAUUAAUUGAUAGAUUAGGGAGACAAAUUAGGAUUAAUAAAUGUCAUUUAGGUUACUUGGGAUACAAGUUUUACUGUCACCUAAGUGUAGACAGAGCCUUAUCUGAAUUACAUAUUUCAUUUCAUCAAUGUGGAAAUAGAAUGUCUAGGAUUGUAAUUCAUUUCAUGCAUUUGGAUAUAUAUAAUUGCUUGGAUCAUUGUCACUGCCUGGUGAAUUUCAUGAUAAAUGCUUAAGGAUAAUGUUUCACACACUUCAAUUUUGGAGGAUUUUACAGGUUUAUUGAUUGAUAUUACAA